GGAGAGGAAGACCGGGAUACCUCAGAGGGUUUGAUGUAGUGCAUCACUGUUCUGCAGAUACUGUAACUGAGCACUUGGGUGGUUCUAGAAGGACGCUAUCUGUAAAUCAAAGCCAUGGGCAAGGAUUACUAUAAGAUCCUAGGUAUACCAUCAGGAUCUAAUGAGGAUGAAAUCAAAAAGGCCUACAGGAGGAUGGCCCUGAAGUUUCAUCCAGACAAAAACAAAGAUCCCAAUGCUGAAGAUAAGUUUAAGGAGAUAGCAGAAGCUUAUGAAGUUCUCAGUGACCCAAAGAAGAGAGUCAUCUAUGACCAGUACGGGGAGGAUGGUUUGAAAACAGGUGGGACAGGCUCAUCUAGUGGACAAGGGACUACAUAUCACUACACCUUCCAUGGAGAUCCACAUGCAACCUUUGCCUCUUUCUUUGGAGGCUCUAAUCCCUUUGAUAUAUUCUUUGGCUCUGGACUUCAGCGGGGAACCACUAAUGGCUUUGCAGACCAUGGCGAUCAUGACAUGGACAUUGACAUGGAUGGAGAUGAUGAUCCUUUCAGUUCCUUCAGCCACUUUGGCUUCAAUGGUACCAAUGGUGGAGGUCGAAGGCACCGUACUGAGCACUUGCAUGCAGGAGGCAACAGGAGGAAAGUACAGGAUCCUCCGGUGGUACAUGAGCUUAAAGUGUCUCUAGAGGAGAUCUUCCAUGGAUGUACCAAACGGAUGAGAAUCACUCGCCGACGGCUGAACCCAGACAGAAGGACAAUGAGGACAGAGGACAAGAUCCUUAAUAUUGUUAUAAAGAGGGGCUGGAAGGAAGGGACCAAGAUCACCUUUCCCAAAGAAGGUGAUGAGACACCUCAGAACAUUCCUGCUGAUAUUGCAUUUGUGCUCAAGGAUAAAGGGCAUUCACUCUUCAAAAGAGACAGCUCCAAUAUCAUUUAUACAGCCAAGAUCAGUCUUAAGGAGGCAUUAUGUGGCUGCACAGUGAACAUUCCCACCAUCGACAACCGAGUGAUCCCAUUGCCCUGUAACGAUCUCAUCAAACCAGGCACAAUCAAGAGACUGCGUGGGGAAGGUCUACCUUUCCCAAAAAAUCCAUCCCAGCGUGGGGAUUUAAUAGUAGAGUUCCAAGUGCGCUUCCCAGACAGAAUACCACACCAGUCCAGAGAGAUCAUCAAACAGCACUUACCCCAGUCUUAGAGAAAUUGCAGGAGACCUCUUUGUGAUUUUAUUUGUUCAAAUACAUGCCCCCCUCAAAUUAUGAUCCUGAAUUCGAAGAGUGGCAAAUGUGUCAGAAGGACCAGAGGCUCAUAUGUUAUUUAUUAUUAAGCUUCCGUGAACAAGUGGAAAACUGAAUUUUGGGAUAUUUUUAGUGGUUUUCUUGUGGAUUUCACCCAGGACUUGUUUUUGAUUUUAAGGAAUAAUCUUUUAUUAUUUCAUCAACAUGUCAAAGGCAAAAGAAUACAGUAAAGACAAAAUGACUGAUUUUUUUGGAUGGGAGAUUGAUAUUUUUGGUAGUAUUCAGAUCUGAAUUAUAUAUUACCCAAUUAAACUCAUUUCCAUUGAAAUUGAUAAGCUCAUUUUUAAUGUUAAAGUAUAUAAAACAACUAGGUGUUGAAUUUGUAGGAUUUUUGAGUACCAGCAUAAACUAACUACUCUUCGGUAACUACUUUAUAUAUUUCCUCUCCCAGACCCACCUCAGCAGUCUACGGGUGCUUUCUUGUAGUUUUUGAAGUACAAGGUGCUGCAAUUUACAGUAUGGUAAUCCUUUAGAGAUGCAAUAGCAAGAUUUUGAGAGCAUUUUGAGUGCCUUAAUGUGGCUCAAACCAACUGUUUUAUUUUAAUUAGCUAGACAUAUUGACAAAACUAUGUAUUAUUACAAGCACUGCAAUCAGUUUUCUUGUCAUUUCAGUUCCCCAAAUAAUUGAUUGCAGUAGCCAUCUUUAAAGGAAUAGUUCACCCAAAAAUGAAAAUUUUGUCAUAAAUUACUCUAAUGUCGUGACUUUCUUUUUUAAGCAUAACACAAAAGGAGACAUUUUAAUGAAUAUAUUGGUCCGUUCUUUUAAUACAAUGUCAGUGGAUAGUGCCUCACUUUAAAAGGACACAAAAUUAUCCAAAAAGUAGUCAGUCUAAUUCAUGCAUCAUAUUUCAACACUUCUGAAGGCAUAUGAAAGGUUUUGAUGAAAAACAACCCGAUAUUUAAGUACAUGAGAGUGCAUGAGAGAAGCUUGUUCACGUGAGUGUUUUUAACCUUUAUAGUCUUUAGCUAUAUUCCAAGUCUUCUAGAUGAUAGAUUUGUAUGAUAAAAAGUCUGAAAUGUAUGUUGUUAUUCACUGAAAAUCUUGCCAUCUUUGUUUACUUCUAGCCGGAAGGGCAGCACACUUGACACCAGAAGGAGAAGAAAUUGCAUACUUCAUUGUUUCACAUAGCAGUGAAUAAAAACCAUACUGACUGAAUAACAGUCUGUUUUUAUUAUCAAUAUAAAGGAUGCUAUUGCUUUAGAAGGCUUGGAAUAUUAUAAAUCAGGUGUAUGAACUACUUUUAUUCUCCACAGAAGAACUAACAUGCAAAUGACAUGAGGGUGAAUCGAUGAUGGCAGAAUGCUUAUUAAUUUAUUCUAUUAUUCAACUUACACAUUAAAAGGAAGUACAAAGAUUCUUCGAAGUGCUAGUAUUUUGGCAGUAUGCCAGUCUUAGCAUAUUAGGAUGAACAUUUUAUGAACAUAAGUGAAUGAAAGAUCUGAGCAUGUUGCUUCAUGUUAAGUCGUAAUUUUUAUUUGUAUAGCGCUUUUCACAACACACAUCGUUUCAAAGUUGCUUUACAGAAACCUGUCUGAAGAUCUCUCUGACACUACAGAGAACUGUAAUGUCAAAAGAUGUCAUUUAUUACUUACAGGCAUUGUUUAGUAAGCACAACUAUAAUUAUUAUACUUUUUUAAACAAAGUUAUAACAAAGGAUGUAUUUGAUUUCCAAGAACGUUUUUCAGCUUUUUAAUACAACAGUUUCAGUAUUCUGUAUUUUACACUUUUAAAUUUGAGCAAAGUGAAAUGAUUUGCAUUAGUGUCCUGCAUUUUAUUUGAAAACAAAACUGUAUAAAUAGCGUCAAAGCCUCCCUUUAAAUGGAUUUGUGAUGUACCAUCUUUCUACUAUAACAGCAGCCUUUCAGUAACAGUAUUUCUAUGGGUAAGCAAUAAUUUGUCUUUUUCAAGGAGCCAUGCAGGUUAUCUUUUAUACAGUCAGAACUGAUCUUCAGAACAUUGUAAUUUAGUCAUUAUGGUAAAAAGAAAUGGAAAGAUUUUUGUUAAAUUGUUUUGUUAUGUGCUGCUUGAUGUUUGGAUUAUAUAACUUUACACAAGACGAGUUCAGUCACUUUUGUUUUUAAUUUAAAAGUCAAGUUUGAGUUUUUUAUCACUUCUGUCAUCAUAUGUAUGGGUAAGUAUUAAAUCCAACUCUGUGCCCAUUGCAAGGAUAACGCAAUGCAGAAAGCAAACAGUGUGUUAGUUUACUGUGACUGAGAAAGUAUUGGCCCUGAAUGUUGUGUGUAAAGAGUGCUGUUUGGACUCUUCCAUUUUCAGUAGUUACAGUAUACCUUUUUUGGUGCUUUGUAAAUGUUUUACAAGAAUGAGAAAUAAACCAAAAAUCUUGACAGUAAAGAAAUAUAAUAAGGAUACUUGUUACAGAUUGAAUUAGGCUGUUGGGAAUCUGAAUGGCAUGAAAAUCUUAUCACAAACUCAAAAAAACCCAGGGGUUUGCACUGGAUUAUCAUUUUCAAUUUAAGCACAUGCUAGAGAUAUAAAAGUACAUAUCUGUCUGGUAAAACAGUUUUAAGUACAUUGAGAAAUGGC